AUGCCCAAAUUCUAUUGCGAUUAUUGUGAUGUUUUUUUAACGAAUGAUUCCAUCUCGGUUCGGAAGUUGCACUACAAGGGAUGGAAACACAAGACCAAUGUAAGAGCCUUCUAUGCACAAUUUGUGGAUGAUCCUACCAGUGCUUUGAUGGUUUCUACUCAAACCAAUAAUGCGAAUAAUCAGGUGGCAAAUAAUCCGAAUAUGAUGGUGAUGAAUCCCUUGUUGAGUGGUGGUGUUGCUCACCAUCAAUCACAGAGCACUGUGGCGACAUCAAAAGCUAUUCAACAACAAACACCACAACAACCAGUUCUUGAACAACCAAUCAUGAUGAUGGGUGUUCCUUUGAUAGCUGCUAAUAUUCCUGGAAUGAUCAUGAUACCCGGCUCCAAUACGGCACUUGUCGCAACACAACAACAAUCGACCACAAUAGGCGUUCCAACCUCAUCUUUGGCAACAACAACAACAGCCUCUGACAGCAUUUCCACCACAAAUGCUCUUAAUACAACCAUUCGCCAAUCCAUGGAACAAAUGAUUAAAACUCCCGAGCUUGCCAUUCCUCCAUUUGUGCCAGAUCAGGAUGAGAGCAUGGAUGAUGCCACACAACAUGCUGAAAUGUCCUCAACGCCUUCUUCGAUGCAUCCACAUCACCACCAUCGUCAUAAUCAUGAAUAUCCUCCCUUUAUUGCAUCUGAACUGUGCCAUCAGCAUCACGAAAUGCCAGGCAAUACUAUGAAUGAGGUUUCAACAAUCACCAACGUGCCACCUCCUCUUUUCUUGUUUCCUCCACCACCUCCACCACAUUUGGUGAAUUUAUGCCCAGAAAUUCCACUCACUGGAAGCUAUCAACAAUAUGCUCCUUCGCCUCCAUUUCCUUUUAUUUUACAAAAACAACAGCAACAACAACAAUUCAUGAAAAUGUAA